GGUUGAUAGUCCGGUCAUGUGUCGUUGAUAAGAUCCCGUCCAUAUAUACGGAUACUAACAAGAUAGUGUGGACACACAGACACUACUGUUACGGGGAUAGCUGAUACCUUUAUCAUGGAGAUCUCAACGCUGCAAUGUGUCAUCCUCAUCAUUUCUGUUAUACAGGUUUUCUCCCUCCAAACAUUGUACCUGGAUGAGGCCUGUGCAUCGUCCAAGCUUACCUACGUUGAGACAGCAGCACGCAUAAAAGCAUCUAGAUACUCCACGCUCAACCGGAACCUGAACUGUUCGGUGAUAGUCCGGGCCAGGCCCGAGGACCAGCUGGUCGCUGUUGUCAGGAGCAUGAACUCAAACUGUAAAUACGUCAUGGUCACGGCGUACGAUGGCGAAAACAGGAACCGUAAAAUAGAAGAUAUGUGUGGAUUUUCUGAGUUCAACUUGGCAAAAAGAACAUUUACUUCAUCUCGAAACGCCUUAGUGUUCAAUUUGGUGACGGCAUCAUCACUAACUACUAGCAAGUACGACAUCAUCGUGACGUCAUACAGCACAGGUCUUUGUACGUUCGGGAUGGAGUGUGAUAACGGGCGCUGUAUCGACAGCAGUCUCCAUUGUAACGGUUACAACAACUGUGGUGACAACAGCGACGAAUUUCUGUGUAGCAGUACCGUCGUUGUUGGAGCGGGCAUCAUCGUGGCGAUCGUCUUAGGGGGAUUGUUCGUCGUUGUUUGUCUCCCCGUUAUUAUCGUUGUGAUGAUAUUCCGUCGUCGGCGGGCAUACAGCAAGUUUUAACCCAUUCACCACUGUGGACCAUAAUGGACUCAUCCAGAUCAAAGCAUGGUCGAGUUUACUAAAUUACACAGGGAUGAAAGGGUUAAUGGUAAUACCACUUGUUGACUUGACACCCUGAUACGGACUGUAUUUGUGAAAAAAUGGUGUGGACAAGCAUCCGAACUAGACAAACGAUUGUUGUAUUGGUAUUUCGUAUUUGUACACAUCAAUAACCCGGUUUUGUCGAAGCUAUGGACAUGUCAAGUGUAUGUUUCUGUGAAAAUCUUCAUUCGUUGACUCUUUAUAUAUUAUGUUGAUACUGUAUACAAUCUUGAUCGGUAGCUCCUCAUGUGGUUUAUACAGUCUUUGGCCCCUAAUAUAACGAUUUGAUACCGAGUCAUAAAUACUGGUUUACUACCGAAUACAGUCAGCGUUCCAUUUGUGCAGUUGUACACGACAUAAGCGGUAAAACGUUGAAGUUAUGUCACACAGCCCGAGGAUUGUCUACAGCACAUGGAUUAUAUAGCUGAUGUUUUUGUUGCUAAACGGACAUUAUUAUAGUCGAAAGUUAAAUACAUUUCAAUUUAUAUUACAUGUACCAUAAUUGACAUAUUGAGGUGCAUUUGCUGUACGUAUUUAUUUCUAUAUUUUUUUAAUAAAUGCAUGUGUUCAAAACUUCAA